AUGUCGUUCGCCACCACCACCACCACCACCACCACUACUAACACCACCACCAACGCCGAUAUGGCGACAAACGAUACCGUCGAUACCAACACCACCGCUCAGGAGGAUGCUCCCACUACCACCACCUCAUCAGCCAAUCCCGCCAAGAAAGGUCACCAUAGACGCACCUCCUCGCUCCUACCCAGCCUCAACUCGCUCGGUUCCUUCCUUGCAAGCGCACGAGGCUUGACCGGAUCCAACAACGAUGGCCAAGGCUCUUCCACCCUUCCUGCCUCAAGCUCAGGAGGCUUGAGCACAGAUGCAGAGUUAAUCAUCUCUCACCCCGCCCCUACCGAGUGGGCUGACGACUCGAAUAGCCCUGUCAAACAACGUUUUCACUCGGCCUCCUCGGCUGCACGCGUCUCUCGAUCGACAGAAACGCAAUCACGAGCUUCUCCUCGCAGCUUGAGUGAGCAGGUCCGCUUUCGAGGUCAACCUAGACGUCUUGGACGCAGCCAUCUUUCCCACAGACAGUCUUUCAUUGCAUUCCCUUCACCCACUUCGCCAACUAUAUCUACCGUCACUGGAUCAGAGCGUCCCCUUAGGAGCUCAUCAGCUUCGAGGACCUCUUCUGCUGCCAGUAUCGCAAGGCACUCGGAUCCGGCUGCUGCUGCCAGACUUGUUUACAGUCCAGAGCCAUCGGCCAGCACCACUUCAUCAUCGGCAUACACACCUGCUACUUCGGUACGAUACUCGCCUGCUCCGACACCAAAGACGCUACCAUACCAAGCUCCACUGCAGUCCCCAUCUCCACCUCCGCCUUCGGAAGCAAUCAUUCAAGCGGAUGCACCCUCGCUACAAGGAUCGACGUCGAGAUCUGCACAGUCUUAUCAGACCUUGCCCCGAUCUUUUGCAGCAUCGACAGCCCAAGGUUCGAGCAAAAAAGUAAGUGAGCAGGGCAGUGUUUACGGCAGGACGGCUUCUUUCAGCGGUGCCACCGACAAGCUAAACGAAGCUCUCGAAAGCGACGACAAGAUAACAAACAGGCAAGCUGGCUUCCGCGCUCGUUCUAUCAACUCAAUUCGCAGCUUGGCUGCUGCUUGGGUCCCUGCUCGUUUUGCACCGACUUCUCAACCUUCGAGCUCGGCUUCUUCGUCAUCAUCAAACGACGACUCUUCCUCGCUCAGUGGACAGAGUCCCCGUCGACGCGACGGUAUGGCUCUCACAACUACAGCUGGAGCCGAGUCAAAGACCAUGGUUCGCCACGGCACUGACAGUGUCAAGCGUCCUGUCAAGCUCGAUCGUCGUCGACUGGAUAAAGCUGUCAGCUUGGCUGUUGAAGCGGCACAAGCCGCCGAAGAGGAUGAGAGAUUGUGGGAGGAGAAGCGGGCGAACAAGAUUGCGUCAGCUGCCAAAGCACGACCAGCUCUGAAGGGUGCUUGGCCUUCCUCCAGUCCAAGUAGCAAUGAGGACAGUCGUCAGCUCACACGCUUCCCAACGAACGGUAUCGAUGUUGAUACAAGCUUGGCUUCAGAAGAAGAGGAUGAGGAUGAGGACCAAGACCAUCUUGGAUUCUCGCUCGAUCUCUACAUUUCUUCCCUCGGAUACCUCAUCUCCGCCAUAUCGGACAAAGAAGCUCCUGGACUUAGCAGCAAGCAGAAGCAAGACAUCAAGCAACGCUUGGAAGAAGGCAUGUCUAAGCUUGGCUUCGACGCCAAAGCCGAGUUGGAAAAAGCUGAAGCCAUGAAACGAGAACUCGAGCUGGAACGGGAAAAGCUUCAGCUCCAACAACAGCAUUCUGCAUCCCCGACGACAGCCAAUGUGAUUCAUCAUCACUAUCACACAGCUGUUCCUGCGAAUAACUCUUACUUUGGUGUCGAUGCUGGCGACUUUUCGAGGGCUCAUGCUGCCGCCAAGGCUUCCAGUCGAGGAUCGUCAAGUUUGGCUGGCAAGAUCAGCUCAUCCGUGUUGGACAUUGGGUUGCAUAUCGGUGCGGGAGCGUUGAGUGCGCUCAGUGCUAAUCUUUCGGCGAUCGCUCCCAGGGGAGUUGGUGGUGGUUCAAGCAAGGCUUCAAGCACAUCUCCGAAGCGCGAUGGGGAGGGAAUGGAAGAUCCCAGGAUCAUAGAUUUGGACAAUGACGAAGACCUGCCAAGCCCGUCAGAGUCACAACAUCGGGCAGAUGCCUCGCUGUCUCAACCAGGAAGUGGAGCAGCAACUCCUCGAACAGCAUGGACUCGAUCCAUCAAUCAGAACAACAAGCAGUGGGAACUUGCAGUCGCUUUUGCAAGCACCGCUGCUUCUGCCCUAGCUUCCAGUCUUGGCGCUGUUGCACGCAACGAGCCCGCACCUCCCUCCUCACCUUGCACCUCCACGGCCCUUACUACAGGUCCUUUGACUCCGGAACAGCAACAACAGCUCGCACAAUACGGAUACCUCCCAUCACAACCCCCUCACACAAAAGGCGAAACAGCAGAAGAUCGCUUAAUCCUUCUUUCCGCUUCACUCGCUCGCUCUCUCAAACGCUCUCCCCUCCCCUCCCAACUCUACCAGCUCCUACGACAGCUAGUCUCAAUCCUAGCUGCUAUUGAUGCAAAGUACAGCCUCACGGAGAAGGGCACACAGAUGGCAGUACGCGAGACCAGUAGAGCUAUGCGGUUCGUCAGGAGACACGAUCUGCAUGUUAAGGCGGUUCGAGUGGCUUGGGCUGCUGCUGAAGCUGCAGUAGCUGCACUGGAGGCGUAUAGAGAUGAGAAGGGGUGGAUGGAGCAACAGAGAAUCACGGGUGGUGCGGCGACGCCGGUGUAUGGUGCGUCGCCGCCGAAGGAGAGUAGGGCGAUAGAGGCGAGGCAGACGCUGAAGGCAAGGAUGGACGAUUCUGAGGCGCAGAUUCUAGCAGCUGCUGCAGCGUCGGGGGAGAAGGGGAAGGUGAGAGAGAAGCUCGGGCAGAGGGCCUGA